UAAAGAGUAACAGUGAAGAACACCACUCUCCUCAUAGUGUCGACAUCAUGGUUUGCCAAGAACAAGAGGCAUUAGUCAACAAAGUGCUUGACCUGUACCACAAGAUUUCAAGCUUAGACACCCUCAAACCCUCCCAAGAUGUCGACACCCUCUUCACCCAACUCGUUCGCACAUGCAUCCCUCAUACCCCAUUCAUCGACAUCACUAAACUUUCCACAACCGUCCAAGAAGCUAGAUCCAACCUAAUUCGUCUUUGCAACAUUCUUAGCCAGCACUGCCAGGCUGUUCCCACCAAGAUUGCCUUCGUGGGCUCUGGCCCUCUUCCCUUAACCUCCAUUGUCCUGGCUACCAACCACUUUCCCAGCACCACAUUCCAUAAUUAUGACAUCGACGCUUUGGCCAAUUCUAUGGCCAAGGCGUUGGUGUCUUCGGAUCAUGACCUGUCAAAGCGCAUGGUCUUUCACACUAGCGACAUAUUAGAUGUGUCCCAUGGUUUGAACGAGUUCAAUGUUGUUUUUCUUGCCGCGCUCGUGGGAAUGAAAAAUGAGGAGAAGAAAAAAGUGAUUGAUCAUUUGGGUAAGUAUAUGGCACCUGGGGCAUUUCUUAUGGUAAGAAGUGCCUAUAGUGCCAGGGCAUUUCUAUAUCCGGUAGUCAAUCCUUCUUUUGAUCUCAAAGGAUUUGAAGUUUUGUCCGUGUUUCACCCCACUGAUGAGGUUAUCAAUUCGGUUGUGAUUGCGCGAAAGUGUCCGAUUAUUUCAACAUCGUCGAAAGAGGUUCAAUCGCUCUUCAAUAACAAUAACCUUCUCAUCAAUGGGAACAUGAUUGAGGAAUUGGUAACUGAGGAGCAGCUUUAAUUAAUUUCCUAAAUUCUCUCCCUCUUUAUUGGGAAAAUAUUUAAUUUUAAAUUACGGUUAAGAAUUGCAGAAACUAAAAAAUAAAAAAAAAUGCAGCUAAUGCAAUUGCAAUCACUAUUACUAUGAUGAUGCGUUACGGUUGCUGCUGGAAUAAGCUAUGAUUCCCAGGACUACCGUAAUGAUAAUCAUUUUAUUAUUAAUAUAACAACAGUAUGGUAAUUAACAUUUGGCAACCUAGUUAAUGUUUGCCAUUUAUAAUUUGAAAAUUUUAAUUUAUUGUGUACUAUCUAGCAAUAUAUGUCGAAUUUCUUUUGCGUUGUUCAUGAAUUUCGACAAAUAAAAGAAAAUAUAUAUUGUGUGUCUUAUUGAAUC